UUAUUUCAUAUUGAUAUACCCCUUUGCUGUUUCCUCCUCCUUCCUUUCCCUUCUCUUCUCUCCCACUUGCCCAAUCAAACCAGCCCUUUCCUCUCCACUCACUCUCCUUCUUUCCUCGACUACACGUUUGAAUUCUCUUUCCGUCUCUGAAUCUUCUUUUCCCGCAUGGAACGGGAUUUUCUGGGUUUGAGUACAAUGAUUGGUUCCGCGACUAAGAAAGAGGAUGCUGCUGAUAUAGCUAUAGACGCAGUAACAGGUUCAGGAAUGCAGUGGUCAUUUUCUAACAAGUUUCUGCUGUUCCUCAAUUGUUGUCCUUCAAGACUUGUCAGGAAGACAGGGACAAGAAAGACCACGUCAUCAGCGGAUACUUUUGACUCUAACCUGAAACCAUUCUUGGGUGGGAUCCAGAAAAGUUUAAGCAUGGGAAAACAAGUAGGAAAUGAGCGUGGAAUGACAGUUUAUCCAAUGCAACAAGUUGAUAAUAUUUCAGGCUACCCUCAAGAAGCCAGAACAUUUUCAGUCUCCAACCAAUCAAAUCAGAGGAGUCCUGUUCUCCAAUCUACUGUUAGUACCACUGUCCCUUUGAUUGCCCCUGUACCUGUUCUUCCAGCUAAUGGUUCCGUUGUUGGCACCACUGACUUAAGGAACUCAUCCAAAACCUCUGGCAAACCUACUCAGUUGACAAUUUUCUAUGCUGGUUCAGUGUGUGUUUAUGAAAACAUAUCUCCUGAGAAGGCCCAGGCUAUAAUGUUAUUGGCUGGAAAUGGGAGUACUCCAAAUCAUACAAAGCCAGUGUCAACAGCUCCAGUGCAAACACCAAACUCCAAGCCAGCACAAGAUGAUAGGUUUAUCGUAAGCCAAUCCUACCAUUCGGCUUUACCAAGUCCAAUUCCCAUGACCUUCCAUGCUAGUCCUCAGCCUGGGGGAGGAUCUCCUAGCACCAAUGAACCUGCAAUAGUGAGACCAGUAGCAUCAUCUUCUGCUGCCCCAAGUAGCCAUUUGGAGUCUCCUAGUGUAGCAGGCUCUGCAAAAUCUGCGUCGACAAAAAUGGGUUCACCUGUGGACUUGCCUCAGGCACGCAAAGCAUCCUUGGCUCGAUUCUUAGAGAAGCGCAAGGAAAGGGUGACAAGCACAUCACCAUACUCUAUGAACAAGAAAUCACCAGAAUGUGGCACUCCAGGAACAGAUAGUAUUGGUUUCUCCAUCACUUCUGGUUCCUGCUCCUUACCUGCCAUGAACUAGCUAGCUCUCAAGAAGAGCACAUAAAGUUUAUGUAUCAUGUAAUUUUGCAAUUAUUUUAGUUUUUAAUGGGUAAAGUCCUUAGCAUUUUUGUCCUAGUUUUUUUUUUAUAUUUAAUAUUUUCUUUGUUCACAGAUCUUAUAUGAUUAAUUUAUUUAAAGCACUUAUACUUAAA